UGGAUCUCCCGUGUCUCUUUCGGCUCUGUCCCUGGUUUGUCUCGGUUUGUCUCGGCUUGUCUCGUCACAGUCUGAAUGGAGCUCCGCGUAUGGGACAAACCUGGACCCUUCUGACCCAUGUUCUGACCCUCCAGCCCCGGGCCAGGUAUAAAAUGGCGGAGGGCCCCCUGUCCAUCAUCACAGAGGGAGACCCGGAGCUCCUCAUCGACCCUGAAGUGGCUCUGAAGGCCUGUCAGGAAGUGCUCCAGUCACAUGACCUCCAACAGAAAGUUGACCCCGUCGCCCCUGACGACUCUGCCGACAUAAGCCCCGCCGCCUCCUCUACGGCCACUCCCGCCCCUUCCUCUGAAAGCCCCGCCUCCUCUACGACGAGCCCCGCCCCUUCCUCGGUGGUGCGCCUCCACAAGCCCCGCCCCAAAGAUGUCUCGUCCAAUCAGCAGUCGUCGUGGCUCCUGCGUCUCUUUGAGUCUAAACUGUUUGAUGUUUCAAUGGCCAUUUCAUAUUUGUACAGCUCCAAAGACCCGGGAGUACAGGCGUACAUUGGGAACAGACUGUUCAGUUUUCCGGACUCGGAGGUCGACUUUUUUCUGCCGCAGCUGCUCAACAUGUACGUGCACAUGGACGCGCACGUGGGCGACGCCAUCAAACCCUACCUGGUGUACAGGUGUCGUGGCUCGGUGCCCUUCAGUCUCACCUGCGCGUGGCUCCUGGGGGCGUAUUCCAGCGACAUGCACCUGUCGACUCAGACUCACUCCAGAGGCUCCAGACUCCGGAAGCUCAUCCUGUCGGACGAGCUGCAGACGACGGCUCGCGGUCGAGGGGCCCGGGUCGCCGAGCCCCGCGGCGUGCACGUGGGGACCAGGCGCACGCAUCAGCGCUCCAAGUCCGACGCCACCGUGAGCCUCACAGUCGCCCCGAGCUCCAGCCUCAAGAGGACGUCCUCCAACCCCCGCGUGGAGACGCCAGACCAGCCCGUGCGUCUGGCGCCUCAGAGGGAGUUCGUGAAGUCUCUGUUGGGCAUCGGGAAGCGUUUGGCGACUCUCCCGACAAAGGAGCAGAAAACCCACAGACUCGUCUCAGAACUUUCCCUCCUCAACCACAAACUCCCAGCGCGAGUUUGGCUCCCGACGGCCAACUUCCCCCAUCACGUGGUCAGAGUCCCACACACACAGGCCGUCGUACUCAACUCUAAAGACAAGGCCCCGUACCUGAUCUAUGUGGAGGUUCUGGAGUGUGAGGACUUCGAGAGCUCGUUGGUUCCGGUCCGGAUCCCGGAGACUCGGGUCCGGAUCACUCGGUCUGUGGAGAACAUCGCCGUCGCCGCGGAAACCGGAGACUCCAGACCCUCCGGAACCUUCUCCAUCGUCCCCAACUACGACAACGACGAGGACGCCUGGAGCACGGACGACCUGGGCACGCUGCAGGUCCCAGAGGGUCUGAGUUGUGACAACAUCAGUCAGUUUUCUGUGGACAGUAUCACGAGCUCCGAGAGCCGAGAGACCGUCUACAUCCAGGCUGGAGAUAUACGGAGGCGCCUGUCGGAGCAGUUGGCUCAGACUCCGACCUCGUUCAGGAAAGACCCUGAAGACCCGUCAGCCGUGGCCCUCAAAGAACCCUGGGAGGAGAAAGUCCGGAGGAUUCGGGAGGCGUCUCCGUACGGGCACCUGCCGACCUGGAGGCUUCUGUCUGUGAUCGUCAAGUGUGGAGACGACCUGAGGCAGGAGCUGCUCGCCUUCCAGGUGCUGCAGGUCCUACAGUGGGUCUGGCAGCAGGAGCGGGUUCCUCUUUGGAUCCGGCCGUACCGGAUCCUGGUUCUGUCGUCGGACUCUGGGAUGAUCGAGCCGGUUCUGAACGCCGUGUCUCUGCAUCAGGUCAAGAAGCAGAGUCAGGUCCCUCUGCUGGACUUCAUGGUCCAGGAGCACGGUCCUCAGACCUCAGAGGGGUUCCUGAGCGCACAGAGGGCCUUCGUGGAGUCCUGCGCCGGGUACUCUCUGGUCUGCUACCUGCUGCAGGUCAAGGACAGACACAAUGGGAACAUCUUGCUGGACUCUGAGGGACACAUCAUCCACAUCGACUUCGGCUUCAUCUUGUCCAGUUCCCCGCGCAACCUCGGCUUCGAGACGUCCGCCUUCAAACUCACCACCGAGUUUGUGGAUGUGAUGGGUGGUCCGGACGGAGACAUGUUUAAUUAUUAUAAGAUGUUGAUGCUUCAGGGACUCAUCGCCGCUCGGAAACACAUGGACAAAGUUCUACAGAUCGUGGAGAUCAUGCAGCAAGGGUCUCAGCUGGCCUGUUUCCACGGCAGCUCCACCCUCAGGUCCCUGAAGGAAAGGUUCCACAUGAGUCUGACGGAGGAGCAGCUCCAGGUCCUCGUGGAAACUCUGGUCCAGGGCUCCAUGAGGUCCCUGACGACCCGACUGUACGACGGCUUCCAGUACCUCACCAACGGCAUCAUGUGACCAGGACCAGGACCAGGACCAGGACCUGGACCAGGACCAGGACCAGGACCAGGACCUGGACCUGGACCUCACCAACGGCAUCAUGUGACCGGGACUAGAUCUGGACUAGAUCUGGACUAGAGCAGAACUUCAAGUGAACUAAACCAGGACUAAACCUGGACUCAUUCAGCCUCUGCGACGGCUCCUGUACCUCACCCAAAGAAUCACCAAAAACCAGGACUAAACCAGGACUAAAUCAAGUCUAACCUGGAGAAGUAGCUGUUGACAGUGAAAACUAUGCAAGACCAAGACUGGAUCUGACCCAGGACCUGGUCUAAACCUGAACAAAAGAGUUUUAGUUGUUUUAAUGAACUGAAUGUUGUUUUGUGUUUAAUUUAAAUUUGUGGAAAAUGUGUGAAUCUGAGACGCCUCCCAGUCCUGUCCUCCUCUGUCUCCUCUGUCUCCUCUGUCUCCUCUGUCUCCUCUGUCCUCUCUGUCUCCUCUGUCCUCCUCUGUCUCCUCUGUCUCCUCUGUCUCCUCUGUCUCCUCUGUCUCC